AUGGCCGACUCGCCAGGCUACCAGUCCGACUCGACCGCUGUCGACAAGCCCACGCCCCGCUCCUCGCGCGGCCGCUCGACUCGGUCCCACCGUCCGCGAGGCACCUCGUCCACCCGCGGCCACCACUCGCUCGUCCAGCUCGCCGUCCAGCUCGUCGAGCGCAUCGUGUACGCCGUCAUCUACGCGCCCUUUGCCUGGGCCACCUGGGCCCUGUACCGCCUGUACCAGGAGGUGAUCCGCCUCGUCUUUGCCUCAAGUGGACCUCAUCGCCCGCCGGGCAAGCCGUACGGCCGCAUCGCCGUCAUCGGAGCCGGCCUCACGGGCGUGAGCACCGCAGCGCACGCCAUCGACCAUGGGUUCGAGGUCGUCAUCUUCGAGGCAGAGAAGGACGUCGGCGGCGUCUGGGCUGGUGCGCCCGAUCUCGAACCCGUCCCCCUCGAGACUAACUCGACGAGUCAGCUUCAGCUCAACUCGAUCCUGUACCGCUUCCACCCGAGCGUCAAGUGGAACAGCGGCUUCCCGAAGCGCGACGAGAUCAUCUCGCAGAUCCGAGCCGUCUGGCAGCGCUACGACCUGCAAAAGCGCACUCGCUUCGACUACCGCGUCAAGAAGGUCAUCCGCGACCCCGACUCGUCGACGGACCCUCGGUCCGGCGGCCACUCGAGAUGGAUCGUCAAUGACGGGCACGAGGGCAUCUUUGACGCGAUUGUUUGCGCUGUCGGGACGUGCGGCGACCCCAAGUUCAUCGAGCUCGAGGGCCAGGACACGUUCAGCGGCCAGAUUCUCCACUCGUCUCAGCUCGACGACGCCGACCUCGAGGGCAAGCGGGUCGUCAUCGUUGGCAGCGGCGCGUCGGGCGUCGAGUCCGCCGAGUUGGCGGUCGCCAAGAAGGCCAAGGACGUCGUCAUGCUCGCCCGGUCCGACAAGUGGAUCAUCCCGCGCAACACGCUCAUCGACGUCCUCCUGUCGCUCCAGCCGUUCGGCCGCGAGAUGCCCUUGUCCUUCAUCCCCGAAUGGUUCAUUCGCGUCUUCCACUACCGCGACCUCGCCGCGCUCUCUCCGCCCAAGAAGGGCCUCUUCCAGGGCACGCCGAUCGUCAACGACGAGGUGCUCGCCCACAUUCGCGAGGGCAAGAUCCAAUACCGCCGUGGCGACACCAAGAAGAUCGUCCCGUCGGGCAUUCGGUUCGUCGAGCGUGAGCGCGACACCAAGAGCGGCGACGACGGCGAGGAGACGCUCAUCUCGGCCGACGUCCUCAUCAUCGCGACUGGCUACAAGCGCCCGUCCCUCGACUUUCUUCCCCAAGACCUCUUCCCGACCGAGACGGACCGCGACUACCACCCGCCGUCGCUAUACCUCCAGAACUUUGCCGUCGAGGACUGGAGCGUCCUGCUCACCAACGCCUCGUACCAAGACGGUCUCGGCACGGUCGGCAACUGGCACAUCGGCCUCCUCGCCCGCAUCCAGCUCGUCUUCCUCCUCGACGAGACGACGCGCCCGCUCCCGGCGGCCAUGAAGACCUGGGUCGACGUCAUCAACUGGGUCAAGAUGCAGGCUUGGGGCGAGGACUCCUCGGGCCUCACUUUCUUCACGUACUCGGAGAUGUGCAUCUGGAUCCUCGUCUUCCACCUCUUCAACCCGCGCCGUCUGCCCUGGCUCCCGUUCAUCCUCUUUGGCUGGGGCGUCCGACCCGGCACCGUCGACCGCCUGUCCGCCGAGCACGUCAAGGCCGCCGAGGAACGUGCUCGCGGAUGGGGGAUGCGCCUGCGCCCUUCGGCAUGGGGACGCUCGAGUGCCUGA